AGACUGGCAGAGGCGGAGAGGCAGGCCCGAGGAGGUCAGCGCAGACCGGGGACGGGACGGGAGCGGACGGAGGAGGAGGGGAGGUGGGAGUCGCCCCUUAAGGAGGGAAGGGAGUAGGUGCCGUGCAGCGGCCUGGAGAUACGAGAAGCGGACACGGCCGCAGCUGCAGACUCUACUGGGCCGACACGAGCCCUCUCGCCCUCGCUCCCUCCGCAGGACCGACCGCUGCAGCAGCAGCAGCCCCCCGACGACGACGAGGACGACGAGGCGUCUGACCCUCUUUCUUUCCAAUAGAGCUCUCGGCCUCGUCGGAUGCUCUCCACAUUUCUCCCCCCACUCUCUUCUCUUUCUCUCUUUUCUCUUCCCCCAUCGCCAGAACGAGGCAUUGAGCGCGCUCUCGAGGGAGAGAAGGUGCGUGGAGCGAAUUCUCACGCGGAAGCACUCAAUCCAAUCAAUCCAAUCAUUCUUUCAAUCUAAUCCAUCGCGGACGACGAGAGAGAGAGAGAGAGAGCGAGCGAGCGAGCGAGCGCGGGUGGAGAUGCGCAGGGCUCUGGGGCAGCAGGAGGAGCAGGAGGAGGAGGAGCAGAGGCGGCGGCGUUGAAGAAUCUGACGACGAGACGAGGAAGGACGUGCGCAUGGGCGGAGGAUUGGCGGAGCUGCAGAGAGGGCGACGCCGGUAGAGAGCAGGGGAGGGGGAGGGCGAGAGGGCGAGAGGGGGGGAUGGGCAGGGGGGGAGUGGUGGUGAGGCGGGGCGGGCGCGAGGGCGAGGGCGAGGGCGGAGGCGCGAGGCAGUAUAAAGGAAUGGCGGGCGAGCAUCAACCGCCUCCACGCCAAACGGAAACAUAGUUGUUGUACAUAUGCCGGACACGUGGAUGCAUCCCUUGCGCAGAACGACGACCCCUUUGCGCAGCAGCAGCGACGACGACGACGACGAGCGCGCAGUCGAUUGAUUUCCUCGCGUCGCUCGGCCUUGAUUAUUGUACAUAGCAGCAGCAGCAGCAGCAGCAGGUAGAGGUUAGGAGGUCGGGAGGCGAAUCCCGCCUGGAUCUCAUGCCACAGGCGCAGUCGAAUUGGCCCGAGCCUGCGGCGGGGCGGUGGAUUGCGCGUGCCUGCGCUCGCUCGAUUCGUUGAUAGAUUGAUUUGUUGAUUGAUUAAUUGAUUGGUGAUUGAGUGAGUGAGUGAGUGAGUGAGUGAGUGAGGGAGUGAUCGAUCGAUCGAUUGAUCGAUUGGUCUUGUAAUUCGGUCGCGGGGUCGGGAAUUGGGGUGAGGAGGGGGAGAAUUUCAGCCGCGCGCAGCUGCUCCUCCGACAAAUUUCAUGGGGAAAAAAACCGGGUACUUACCCGAGAACGUAGUGUACUUGGGGACGACGAAUAUGAAUGAGGCGCAGUCGCUGUGGCGCUGGCGGGUGGGUGCGCUCACGGCUCUCUUCAUCAUCGACCUCUCGUGCGCCUCGUCCCUCUACACCUCGGUGCAUCUGUGGAACCUGCACGGGCAAUCGGCCCGCGGAUUCCUCGACAGCCUGCUCGACUUCACCACCGACUCGUCGGAUUUGCUCGUCUUCAGCAUUCUGAGAAUUCUGUGCCUCGUCGGCCUCGCGUACUACGGCUCCGCCCUGGCCUGGCAGGAAGCGGAGCGCACGGAGAGGGCCAAGGAGCUCAAGGCGCAGGGCCCGGGGUCCUCGAGCUUGAAUGGGCACCAGAAUGGCAACAAGUCGUCGCCUCGCAGCAGCAGCAUCAACGGCGAACAGAACGGGGGAUUGAAAGAGCCUCUGCUGAUCAGAAAGGACAAUGCGGUCUCCAAUGGCAAGCCCCCGCCCGCCAAGGGCUUCGAGGAAUGGUUCUCCGGGUCCUCGAAGAAGGACAUUGUGCUGUUCGUCGUGUUUCUGCUCUGCACGGGCUUCCAGGCCUACGUCGGCGCCAAGUGCGUGGGGUUUUACUUCGACACGACGCACAGAUUGUGGGGCGUCAAGGGCGAGGUGUGGCAGUCGGUGCUGAUGGGCACGCAGGUGGCCUGGAUUCUGUGCGAGAGCAGAUACGUGCACUUGGUCGUGGAUGCUCGACGAAUUCUGUCGAGGGCGCUGUAUCUGAGAAACAGGCGCAAGGAGAAGGAGCAGAAUGCUGGCGCCACGGCGUUUGCCAGCAGCAAGCCGGCGCCAGGGCUGGCGCAACAGGAGGGGACGCUGAGGGGCGACAAGGGGCUGAAGGAGGAGACGGAGGUGGACCAGAAUCGGUUUCUGAUGCGGGCCAUCUCGCUGGCGAGGGAAGAGGUUUGCCUGAUUUUCUGCGCCUUCGCUUGUUUGGCCGUGUCCUCAGCUUCAGGGUUGCUGCUGCCUCGGUUCCAGGGGCGCAUCCUGGACCACGCCAUAAACAACGAUCGGCCGCACUUCAAAACCGACAUCCAGCUGCUCAUCGUGUUCACCAUCAUCACGGGGCUGUUCGAGGCCACGCGCAACCUGUGUUUCACCGUGGUGGGGAAACGCGUUCUGAAAACGCUGCAAGACAGGCUUUUUAUGGGCGUGGUGCGCCAGGACAUAGCUUACUUCGAUGGAACCACUUCUGGUGAGCUCACAUCACGGUUGACAAACGAUGUGUCUUCCAUGGCGGAGCCUAUUAAUUGGAUGUUAUCGUCCAUAGUUCGCAACCUCAUAGCUCUAGUUGGAGCCUUUGUUUUGUGUUUCUCCAUCAGCUGGAAACUCAGUAUGCUUGCUUUCACCACCAUGGCCCCUAUUAUGCACAUCACUGCUGUGUAUUCUCGGUGGUCCAGGGAGCUCAACAGGAAGCGCUAUGCGCUGCUGGCAGAGGCAAACUCAGCUGCUUCCGAAGCUUUGGGGAAUGUGCGUACCGUGCGAGCAUUCUCGACGGAAGAGGUGGAAAUUGACCGCUUCAAAUCCAAGACGCUCUCGGCAAUGCAGAAGGGAGUGCGCGAUGCCUUCGCUUACGCCGGCGCCGUGGCCGUGAACGAUUGGCUCGACCUUGGCGCCUCGGUGCUCAUCCUCUGGUACGGAGGCACCCUGGUCAUGCAGGGCCGCCUCUCGGCCGGCAAAUUGAUCACAUUCGAGCUCUACUGGAACCAAAUUCAGUCCGCCUACCAGAGCAUCAUGUCCGUGCUCAUGUCGCUCACCCGAGCGGCCGGAGCCGCGCAGCGAGUGCUGUCGCUCGUGGAUGCGCUGCCCGACAUCGAUCCCAAUGCCGGCACCAUGGUCUCGACGCUGGACGGGGAAAUCAAGCUCGAGGACGUGAAAUUCCACUACCAAAUGCGGCCGCAGCAUCCGGUGCUCACCGGCGUGUCGCUGCACGUCGGCCAGGGCCAGGUCUGCGCGCUCGUGGGCCGCAGCGGAGGCGGCAAGUCCACCAUCGUGCACUUGCUGAUGAGGUUCUACGAUCCCACCGGGGGCAAGAUUCUGCUCGACGGCUGGGACCUGAGGCACCUGAACCUCAAGUCGGUGCACAAGCACAUGGGGCUCGUGGCGCAGGACACGCAGAUGUUCGCGUGCUCGAUCGAGGAGAACAUCACCUACGGGCUGACCAAGUACACUUUGGAGGAGAUGGAGGAGGCGGCGAGGUACGCGAAUGCGCACGAAUUCAUCAUGCGGUUCCCGGACGGGUACGCGACGCGAGUGGGCGAGCGGGGCGUGCGGCUGUCGGGAGGGCAGCGGCAGAGGAUCGCCAUCGCGCGCAUGCUGCUGAGGCGGCCCAAGGUGCUGCUGCUGGACGAGGCGACGAGCUCGCUGGACACGGAGAGCGAGGCGCUGGUGCAGCAGGCGCUGGACCGGCUGAUCUCCGAGGGCGGGCGCACGGUGGUGCUGGUGGCGCACCGGCUGUCGACGGUGCGCAACGCGGACAUGAUCGCGGUGAUGGAGAAGGGGUCGGUGGUGGAGCAGGGCCACCACGAGGAGCUGCUGGAGCGCAACGGCGUGUACCAGAGGCUGGUGCGAAGGCAACUGAACAAGGUGAAGCCAGUCAUAGACUCUGAAGAGGAUUCUGAUGAAAAUGGCGAUAGUAUUGGAUGAGAGAUGAGAGGUGCCACCUGUAGAUGAUGAGUUUCUCGUGCAUGACCUCCUCGCCGACUAGAGAUAGAGAGAAAGAGAGAGAGAGAGGGAUAUAAUUUUGAAUCUGGGCAAAGCUAGAGAUGUUAGACCCAUGCUUGCGUCAAAGUGUAUGCAUGGGGAAGCGGCACAUAGGUCCCCACCACAAUUGAGAAUAGACAUUGACCACACACGAUCGUUUGCUUGCAAUUUUUCUCCUUGUCCCCUUUGCCCUCUCGUCCUUGUGCUAGUAAGUAAUGAAGCUUGUUUUCUGAGUAUCAGCAGCCCACUCCAAUAUCUGCGGCAUAUAGAGACGCUGCUACCACCCUUCCCCAAGGCUAAAACGAGGGGCUUCUAGCUCUUGGCAGAUAUGUACAAUGUUCUGAUGUUAAACAUCCCUCUUUUCUCGAGAUGCCCGAGACAGGCCACAGUUUUCACGGUGGUAACUCUCGGGCUGCGAUUGUAGACUCAUCAAGAAUUAUUGGUUGGAGAAUGUCGACUCUUCUUGUUGGAAGGUUGCCCUCUGUGAGAGAGAGAGAGAGAGAGAGUGAGAGUGAGAGUGAUGGAGGUGAAAUGUCACCCAGUUAGACAGUCAGGCAGACGGGAUGGAGCUUCGUGCCGCACAAAAGCCCGAGCAGGCACUGGACUGGACGAGGUGAUGUGAUCAGCGUGAACGGGACGGGAGGGGAGGGUACUCACCUGCCUUGCUGACCGGGGGUCAAAGCUUAACUGUCAGUGCGUCUCCGAUCGUUGGUCGUAGAGACAGGACCGUACACUCGCAUGUGUACCGCUUGGGCUGACCUGAGGUAGUCGGGGACCCGACCCGGGAGAAGGACAAAAUGCAUUGGCUUGUGGUACCGACCGCCCUGAGACUCCGUCCCCGUCGCAGUAGACUGGCCUUGGAACGAGCCUACGGUCGCUCCCUCGCGGGAUCUAGUAAUAUGUAACACCUUCACAUUCUUGUGACGUAAUGAGUUGGCAUGUGGACAAGAAGGAACAGCAGAUGGGAUCAUUGAAUGUGGGACAGCUCAGAGAGGAAUGUCCGGAUGGCUCCUCGAUGUUGUUCGAUAGGGACACGCAGGUCUUCCAUAUCGGGGGGAAAGACUCCUGGCCCAGAUGCAUGGAUUAUGCCAAGCAUAUCGUAAUAUCUUGACAUAUCCUUGAGCACUUGCUUUUCCGAUUAGAAAGUCCGUUGUUUCUCAUUACACGUGGUUUCCCUUCUUUCUAAACCAGCUGCCUCGUGUUUUUUGACAAGUGUGUGUGAAGACCGUAUGUCUGCGAUCAGAACAUUGGGUGUUGAGACUGAUUCUGGGUCAAAGCGAUGACGGACUUUGUAGCCCGGGUCUGUUCGUUUCAUUUCUGUCCCUCUGAAAAGUCGUGCACCUGUACGUUCUAGCUCAUCGAUAUUGGCCCCACAUGUUUCCCUGGUGCAAUGCUGUUAUCAUCGGCUCUCACCAUUACCCAUUGCACAAAUGCAAUUGCAUAUCCCGCAGUACAACCCAAAUUACUUUCUCCGCAGUAAA